AUGUGGUACGCAAUUUGCAAUUUGCUUGUUGUUCUUUCAUUUUUCCUAUCAACUUAUCUUACGUUGAGACAAAGAAAGACUAUAUUAAGAGCAACAGAACCGCCUAAGAUUUUCAAGGAUAAAAUCACAGAUGAAAAAUUCCAAAAAGAAAAAGCUUAUCAAACUGAUAAAAUUAACUUCGCAUUACUUCAAUCGGUCAUUUCUUUCUUCUUAGUAUUAUUCAAAGUCAAAUUUAUUGGCACUUUCUGGAACUUUUUCAAUUAUGGUGGUGAAAUCAUACAUUCUCUUAUUUUCUUGGACGUUUUCGAUGUUAUUGGAACCAUUAUCGACCUUCCAUUCAGUUAUUACAGCACAUUCGUCAUUGAAGAAAAAUAUGGAUUCAAUAAAUCCACAAAGAAACUUUGGGUUACAGAUAUUCUUAAGUCCCAAGCAAUCUCUUUGAUUUUGACAGAUAUUUUAGUCCCAAUUAUUAUCUUUAUCUUCAGAAAAGCUGGAGCGAAAUCAGUUUACAUAAUUCAGAUCGUUCUUGUCAUUAUACAGUUAAUUAUGCAAGUUAUUUAUCCUAUUCUCAUCCUUCCUCUCUUUACGAAACUUACUAGAAUUACAGAAGGACCUGCUUUUGAAGGAAUUAAUAAACUUUGCGAAGAAACCAAAUUCAAUGCUAAAGAAGUCUACAGUGCCGAUGAUUCCAAGCGUACUAACCAUACAAAUGCCAUGGUAUUUGGUCUCUUUACUAAAAAGAUUGCAUUUGCAGAUAAAUUCCUUGAAGAUCCUAAAGUUGACCAGCUCGUUGCCAUUAUCGCCCAUGAAAUUGGUCACUCCAAGCACUGGCAUAUCUUCAAACAGUUCAUAAUUUCCCAAAUUCAGUUUGCAAUUUUCUUCAAUGUUCUUUACAUGUUCAUGAGCACAGACUCCAUAUUCAUAGAAUUCGGUGUAGAAGACAAACCAUUCAUUAUUGGAAUGUUUUUGUUUGGUAUUUUAAUGUCCCCAAUUGAAACUUUACUUGAUUUACCAAUGAACAUGCUCAGCAGACACUUUGAGUACCAGGCAGACUCUUUCGCUGCAGAAAGGAAUCUUCCGAUCGAUCUUGCUUUAAUUGACUUGGCUACAGAUAAUAUGGAUACAAUUGACGAUGAUCCACUUUAUUCUGCAUUCACAAGUUCACAUCCAACAAUUCCUCAGCGCGUAGAAGCUGCUCGCGCCAUAAUGAAAAAGAAAGAAUAA